AUGAAAAAAACAAAGAAGAUGUCAGAAUACUUGCCUGAAGAGGUUGUACUUCAAAUACUAAGCAGAUUGCCUGUGAAAUCCAUUUUGAAAUUCCGUUGUGUGUGCAAGUUAUGGAAUUGUAUCGUCAAAAACCCUCAUUUCAUCUCUGCUUUCUCAUCUAACAACCAUAACCAUUACUUCUUUUUGCGUCACUCUUAUGCCUCCUACCAAGACUCUCGUCUGCGUUUCGACAACAAACAUCUCGAUCACUACCUGCGUCUCUAUCCGCCUUCCGACAAAGCCAAAAUAAUCAGUGUGGUUGCCUCUAGUAAUGGUCUUGUCUGUCUCUCUGGUGCCUCCCAAAAGUUCAUUCUAUGGAAUCCUUCCAUUAGAAAAUCCUUGAUGGUACCUGAAUCUACUUUUCCUCGUUCCUGUCCCAACUCCAAAACUGUACUUGGUUUUGGUUUUGAUUCAAGAACCAAUGAUUACAAAUUGUUGAUGGCUCGGUUUUUGGUUCACUCUAUUAGCGAGGUCUUUCUCUAUUCGCUCAAUUCUAAUUCUUGGAAGAAAAUCUUAGUUGCCUGCAAGUAUAGAGAAGGUAUUGAUUGGUUAAUUGAUACUUCUUUUGUCGAUGGAAGAUUCUAUUGGCCAAUAAUUGCUGAAAAAAAGAAUGUGGUAUUGGUAUUUGACUUAAGAAAUGAGAUGUUCGCAGAGAUAACGUUGCCUGAAUGUUUGGAAUAUGUUGACAAAUCAUAUUUGAAAAUGAAAGCAUUUGGAGAAUCAUCGAUUGCAGUCAUCCAUCAAAAUGCACGGGAUAGCUCUUAUGAGUCUAAUAUAUGGGUGAUGAAAGAGUACACUAGUGGUGCAUGGAUGAACUUAGCAACAGUUGGAAAACGUUGGAGAGGAGAUUCAAAUGUGCUCGAGUUUAGAGAUAAUGGUGAAGUGUUGGUUAGUUUCUAUAGUGGACAAUGCUUAGCCUCAUAUAAUAUAAAGAAUGGACGGAUCAAGAAACUGAUCUAUCUUGAUUAUAGAUAUGAAAGAGUUUCCGCCUAUAGGCAUGUGGAGAGCCUAGCAUUACUUGACAAAGUUUAUUCAGCAUCUCUCAUUUUAUGGUUUCCAUUUCAAUACAACAUAUGUUACUAUUAUAAGGUUUUGAAUAUAGAGAUUUUAAUGGAAAUUCUCAAUGUUGGUUUAGUUGAAAAUACUACCAAAGAACAUAGUGCAGCCAUGCAGAUCCUUUUAGAAUUUUAG